CCGUGUUUUAAAGCAGUCAGGCCACGCGGUGAGCACAUUAGAGAGCGCAAAGGAAAGUGGCAGUACAUCCGGAGGGGAAAAGCAGCACAUCUGGAUUUAUUUUAAGAGAGGUCUCUUUCAAAACAAGACAAAUGGAGCCAGAAGCACCAGCAACCACACCAUCAAUUUUCCCCACCAAUUUUACAAACAACAGCCAGUGCAAUGACUCUGAGGCAUGGGUCUGGCUGUACACCAUGCAACCAAUUUACAUGUAUGUCAUCUGUGCGCUCGGAAUUGUGGGAAAUGUCUUCGUCCUGCUGGUCUUUUGCCUUCAUAAGAAGGCCUGCACCGUGGCAGAGAUAUACCUGGGGAACCUGGCUGCAGCUGACCUCCUCCUGAUGUGCUGUCUGCCUUUCUGGGCCAUCAAUGUGGCCAACGGCUUUGAGUGGCAGUUCGGCUCCCUGAUGUGUCGCCUGGUUAACACAGGAAUGAAAAUGAACAUGUACUGCAGCGUCUACUUCCUGGUGCUUGUGAGCGCAGAUCGCUACGUGGCACUGGUGCAUGCCAUAUCCCAUGGCAGGAUGCGGCGGCCCUGGUACGCCAAGCUUAGCUGCUUAGCCGUGUGGAGUCUGGGAGUGCUCCUCAGCAUCCCCACUCUCAACUUCAGGGCUGUACAGUACAUUCCAGAAUACAGUGUAACAGCCUGCAUACUGCACUACCCCAGCUAUGAGGUGGAAGUGGCUUGUGACAUUCUACUCAUUCUGCUGGGCUUCAUCAUCCCAGUGUCCGUCAUAUCCUACUGCACCUGGAAGAUCAUACAUGCCCUCCACAGGCAGGUAAUGGACAGGUUCAACGCAGUAAAUACAGAGAGGAAAGCCACAGUGCUGGUGCUGGUCGUUCUUCUGGCUUUCCUGCUCUGCUGGGUUCCUUUCCAUCUGGUGACUGUUAUAGACCUCUUGGUGCGAUUCCAGGUACUGAGUGGAUGCACACUGCAAACUGGCCUAGAAAUCUGUAACCAGAUAUUCACUUACUUAGCCCUAAGCAACAGCGUGCUUAAUCCUAUUCUGUAUGUGAUAGUUGGUAAGAACUUCCGAAAGAAAGUGAAGGAACUCCUGGAGCAAAUGACCCACCAAGGGACAAAAGUGAGCGGUUCUACACGAUCACAUCUGUCAUCAACUCUGAAGACCUUUGCAUGAUGAAUGGUCACACCAAGGAAAUGCUAUUGGAGCUAAUCUGCUAUUGGGAACAUGUCUUUGCUCAAACAGUAGGGGAGAGCAGGGCACAAACUAACGCAGAGUAAAAUGUAACAUGGCUAUUUUUGUAGCUGCACAGGUUCAAAUAGAAUAUGCUAUUAGUCAUGUUCUUGUAUUCUUACAGCAACAUCAUGUGUGAAUUUUGACAUCAAUUAAACAAAUAUUUGUGAUAUACCCAGAAGACCAUAUACCAUGAAAGUAAUUAUUCAUCAUCAGUCUUCUUCAGUUACUGCUAGUGUGUACAAGUCACAGAAUUUAUGCUAAUCACCCUCUGGGUGGCUGCAAUACAGUACCGUUUUGAAAUACUGACAGUGAGAGCCAGCCAGGCUAAAGUACAGCCUCCACAUGGUGGAGUUAGUUUUAAUGCAGUGUUACAACUCAGACUCCUUAGUAAGCAAUGUGAGAAGUCCAUUUCUGGCCAUAUAACUACACAACAGUGAUUUUUUGGAAUUUUUUUGAGAAGAGAAUCAUCCAAAAUGUACUAUAGAUAUCAAGUAAAUAAAAUAUGUAUCAAUCCUGUUGUGCUAAUAUUACUUCUCCUACUUCUUGUUCAGAAAUUCAAGUUCGCUGUUUUCAGCACAGCUUCUUUUCACUAAUCAUUGUUAUGAUAAUGAAUAUUUUUAUGUGUUUAGGGUGUAAAGCUUGUCCAGUUCAAAUGACAAAGAAUUGUGUUUUGGAUCGAUUUAGCAGACUUGUGACUGUUACAACAAGUCCCUUCUGUUACAAUUAACCUUAUUUUUGGGGUAAGAUGUAACAUUUGCACUUACUCCACUUUCAGGUGAAUUAUUUAUGAACAGUAGGUGCUGGAACAAAGUUCAUGUUUUCAUUUGUAGCAGAAAGGUUGCUUGUAUAUAAAAAAAGAAUCUUCUCCAAAUACUUUGAAAAUGAUUUAGCAAAAACCAAAUGCGUUAGUUUGUGCCCUGCCCAUGUCUGGGAAUAAAGACAUGGUUCUUGAUUUUUCACACAAAAUGAUGUAUUAGAUUAUAUUCCAAAUACUCAGAAUUAUUAUACUGACAAGAUAAUAACAACUCAAUGUAACUAUUACUGAGGUGUAAAUAUGACUUUGUAUGUAAGUAUUGUACGUAGUAUGUAAGUUUUGGUAAAUAAAUUGCAUAAUGUGUGA